ACGUAGGCAGUGGCUGUCAUUGCCACGUGGCGGCAGUGGGGGGGCACAGGAGGAGGUGCGGUUCCUGGGCUGGUGAAGGGACAGGGAGGCCCCCGUUACCCCUCUCUGAGAUGUGGGGAAAGCUUGUGAAGCCCUGCACACCUCUUUGCCCUGAGCCCAGUCCCUCCAGGUCAGUUCACAGGGUGAGUCAGGGAGGGGCUGGCAUCGUGGGCACAUCCAGCUCCACUGCUCCCUAGAGCCUCCCUUAAAACCAAUGGGGCCUUUGAUUGAAAAGUGACCUGGUGGGGGCAUGUGGCAUGUCUGAUUCCUCCCUCCUGCCUGGGUGUGACCCAGAGGCCCAGGCCUCCAGAACACGUGGAGAAUGACUCGCUGCCCUGCUUUCACUGGCGCAGCGACUGGCCAGGAUACUUGCCUGUGCUCUCUUGGGAGCCUCUCUCAGGCUGUAGGACGUGCGGGGAGAAGACAUUAGCCCUGUGGUGGGGUCUGGGACGGGUGGGUUUAGGGGAGAUCUCUCUGCAGAGCUUCCAGCCAGGGCAGGCACUACUCCCCCAGCUCACCUGCCUGCCAUGCUGCGUGCAUCUUCCUUGCCCCUCUGAGCCAGGGCCAGGUGCUGCAGGGCUCCCCAGGGAAGCCUCACGCUGGCUGGCAGAAAACGCACCCAAAUCUCUCUGCAAUGGCCUGUGUCUCCAACUCCCCACACAGGGAGAGGAGCAGCCUUUGGCUCAGGUUCAGCUGGGCUGGGGCAGGCGCAGGGGCAGGGGCAGCUGCGUGCUGACCUCUUAAAAAUAUCUGAGAACAAACAUUAAAACCUGGGAUCUCCGAGGCUUCUGCCUGGAGCCAGGGCUAUGUAUGAGUCCCGGGCUCCUGCCUGGAGCCAGCACCCCGUCCCUGUGAGUCCAGAACCCGCUGGCCUGGAGCUGGCACUCUGUCCGUGUGAGCCCAGAGCCCCCGGGCCCUGGCCUGGAGCUGGCACCCCGUCUGUGUGAGCCCAGACCCCCGGCUCCCGAGCUGGAGACAGCAAAACACUUGUGUGAGCUACAGGGUCCCUAGAUGUCCCGUCACACCCAGUCCUGCUUCUGUUGCUAUCCCUCAGCACGGAUUCCUAGGGCUGCUGCUGGCAUGCAGGGCUGGCCUCACCCCCCGGUGAUCUGCAGCCAGGCUGGCUCAGAGCGGAGUCUGCCAGAACACCUUCCCUUGUACACCUGCCCCACAUCCUCCAACUCUGCACCUGGCACCCUCUCCUCGCCAGCGGGGUGAUCACAGGGCACAGGGCACUGCCCAACUGCUCCCUGCCCCGGGGGGCUGGGUGCUUUUACACAGCAGCAGGUGGACGUGGGUAGAUUUCCCAUGGGUUUCCCUGGGCCCCAGACACCCCUAUGGGUGAAGGUAUUUCAAACACGCUGGCUUUGUGGCAAACACUGAGCCCUUUCUUUGCCCAUCCCCACGGCUGUCUAGCUGACGGGCCAGCAGCCUUCCUCCCGGCUGGGAAGUGCCAUUGUUGCCUAAAGAUAUGGGAUCAGGUUGAGGCCCGGUGACAGUUGCUAUGCGCAGCUCCAGCAAUCCCUGGGGAAAUGCAAUUCUGAGCCGUACCCAGGUCCAGGUACAAGGACUCCCAGUGUUGUGUGGCUGAAUCGCAGCCCUCGCUGCCUCCCCCUCUCCACCCUCAAACCAAACGCUCUCUAAUCUCAGUACCUUGAUCUGCCCAGCAAAGCCAGCUCCCCAGCAGCGCUCUGCCACAGCCAGCCGGAGCUAGAGAAAUUAUUUUACAGGUCUAAAAAUAGCUUUAUGGUCUGGGCUUUGAACUGAGGGAAAGCAGCAGCCGAGCGUGCGCUCAUUGUCCUUGCUGGAGAAUGCCAGGUUGCUGCAAGAUCAGCUCCAACGAGUAGGUUUUCCCAGCCUUCUCCUUCUCCAGAUUACACCAGGCUCUGCUGUCCUGCAGCUUUGGCUGGGCAGAGGCCACUUCUUUGGGGAAUUGUCUGUCCUGCGAUGUUUAUGUCUGAGCUCUGCCUCCGCCUAGGGAUCACACCAGGGGAAGAUUUGUGAAUGAAAAGUCUCUUUUAAUGUUUUCUGGGCUCCUGGCUGCAAUUCUCCCUGUGCAAACAAGGCGAUUUCUGUGCAGGAGGAGACGGAAAUUUUAUUUAUGCCUUGGGAAGUGCUUCUGCAGAGAGCCACAGGAAGGGAAGAAAGGUGAGGUGUCUGCGAGCAGCGUUUGCAUCAAAAGAUGCCAGCGAGUUUUACCACGGCCCUUCGUGUUUUUGGUACCAGCCUCUUCGCCUUGGUGGUGCUGGGAGGUAUCCUUGCAGCCUACAUCACUGGCUACCAGUUCAUCCACACCGAGAAGCACUACCUCUCCUUCGGCCUGUAUGGUGCCAUCCUGGGCCUGCACCUCUUCACCCAGAGCCUCUUUGCCUUCCUGGAGCACCGGCACAUGCGGCUUGAGGGGCGGCCCUUGAAGUUGCAGCGCUCCGUGGCACUCUGCAUCGCUGCCUACCAGGAGGAUCCCGACUACCUGAAGAAAUGCCUGCACUCAGUGAAGCGCAUCUCCUUCCCUGACCUCCAGGUGGUGAUGGUGGUGGAUGGCAAUGGCCAGGAUGACAGCUACAUGCUGGAGAUCUUCAAUGAGAUCCUGGGCUCCGAGAAAACAGGCUGCUACGUCUGGAAGAGCAACUUCCAUGAGAGGGGCGAGGGGGAGACAGACAGCAGCCUCCAGGAGAGCAUGGGGCACAUCCAGCAGCUGGUGCGGAACAGCACCUACUCCUGCAUCUUGCAGAAGUGGGGCGGGAAGCGCGAGGUGAUGUAUACAGCCUUCCGAGCACUCGGGGACUCCGUGGACUACAUCCAGGUGUGUGACUCGGACACGGUCCUGGAUCCAGCCUGCACGGUGGAGAUGCUGCGCAUUUUAGAGGAGGAUCCACGGGUGGGCGCAGUUGGUGGAGAUGUUCAGAUCCUCAACAAGUACGACUCGUGGAUCUCCUUCCUGAGCAGCGUGCGGUACUGGAUGGCCUUCAACGUGGAGCGGGCCUGCCAGUCCUACUUUGGCUGUGUCCAGUGCAUCAGUGGCCCCCUGGGCAUGUACCGUAACACCCUUCUGCAGCAGUUCCUGGAGGACUGGUACAAUCAGAAGUUCCUUGGCAGCAAGUGCAGCUUUGGGGACGACAGACACCUCACCAACCGUGUCUUGAGCCUUGGGUAUAGGACUAAGUACACCGCCCGUUCCAAGUGCCUGACCGAGACUCCCACCAAAUACCUCCGCUGGCUCAACCAGCAGACUCGCUGGAGCAAGUCCUACUUCAGGGAGUGGCUCUACAACGCCUUGUGGUUCCACAAGCACCACCUGUGGAUGACCUACGAGUCUGUGGUGACUGGCUUCUUCCCCUUCUUCCUCAUUGCCACGGUCAUCCAGCUGUUCUACCGUGGCCGCAUCUGGAAUAUCCUUCUCUUCCUCCUGACUGUGCAGCUGGUGGGGAUCAUCAAGGCCACCUACGCCUGCUUCCUCCGGGGCAAUGCGGAGAUGAUCUUUAUGUCCCUCUACUCCCUGCUCUACAUGUCCAGCCUCCUGCCAGCCAAAAUGUUCGCCAUCGCCACCAUCAACAAGUCAGGUUGGGGCACCUCCGGCCGCAAAACCAUUGUGGUCAACUUCAUUGGCCUCAUCCCAGUUUCUGUGUGGGUUGCUGUCCUGCUGGGAGGCCUGGCCUACACGGCGUAUUGCCAGGACCUCUUCAGUGAGACGGACCUGGCCUUCCUCAUCUCUGGCGCUAUCUUAUACGGCUGCUACUGGAUGGGCCUCCUCAUGCUCUACAUGGCCAUCAUUGCCCGGCGCUGUGGGAAGCGGCAGGAGCAGAGUAGCCUGGCUUUUGCCGAGGUGUGACAGGUGGGGGGGCUCUGGAUGUAGUGGGGAAAGUGCAAUGGGAAAGGAUUAGUGCUACCGCCAUGCACUGUUUGGGGGCAGCUGCGGGUCAGGGUGGGGAGGAGACGGGGUUUUAUUUGUGGGCUUUUAAAUUGCUGUCCAAGGAGCGAGUUCCUGGGCUAGUGAGUCUGAAUGCCGCCCGAGGAGAGGCUGCUUGUUGCCCAGCAGAGAACGCUCCAGGUAGCCUGGGCCACGCACAUCUGCCCGCAGGUGCGGUGACGAUGGCUCCUGUGAAGAUUCCUGUCUGCCACCCACCAGGGCCCAAAAUCCUGCUGUGGGAGCUGCACUGAGCUCCAUUGGUGUGGGAGAUGCCCUGGGCCGGAGGCAGGACAGUAGGCAUUGCCUGCAGACGCCAACCUGAGCAAUAAUGCUCCACGGGAGGCCUGAGCCCCAGGAGCCAGUGAGGGUGCUCUGCGCCCCCUGCCCUCCAGUAGGGAUGGGAGUGCUCAUGGAAAUGAAUUCAUACGUCAAAAGAAUCCAAGUUUGCAAACUCUUUGUCCUGCC